AUGACUACAUCAAUCUUCCGUCCUCCCUACCCCGAGUUUCACGAUCAAGUCCACGACUUUCCUCUCAAGUCAGUCUCCCUAGAGGCCCUAGUUCAGAAGAAGGCAGCAGGAAGACGCAAGAGGUAUACGGGCGUCCAAGUCUGGGGAACGCCCAAGAAGAUGACGAGCGAAAGGUCGAAGGAGCCUGUCACCGUCACCUGGAUCGUAGAUCCCACCCAAGACGAGCGAUAUGAACCCGACGGCCCACAAAUCGCCACCACAGAGGAAAUUUGCAGGGAGGAAGCAGAUAGAUUGGGGUUGAAUAAAGGCAUCUCUUCUAACCCUAACCCAAAGCUUUUCUGCCACCAAAAAGAUGCUUCCGUUACUGUACUACUGCCGGAACGAACACGCCCUUACGUUGAUGGACGGACAGUCACCGUCUGGGACGCGUCGACUGAGCGCUACCAAAAUAUGCAGAGGGAGGCUGACUCCCACUUCACCAUCUAUAUGGGCCGGAGCAGGAGCGAGCUUCCACUACAGGGCCAUAUAUAUGUUGUAUGGGACUCCUUGAAGUUCGGGGGCUUGGACAAGAUGUCCAACCCUAUCACCCAGAGAAAGCACGUCAGUGCUGAAGAUGGGGAAAGGCCAGUCGCGCACGAGUACUGGUCUUUGACCAAGGAUCCUUUGCCGCCCAAAUCUUGCUAA